GGCAUUUAUUCUUGAGAACGAAAGCUCUCGCAAUAAUUCCAAAGUUAUGGAUUGAAAAGUUUCUACUUUCUAGAGAGAGGAUCUGCAGUACAGAGAGAGAAGGACCACGUAAACGAAUACAGUCCAUCUCUCUCUUCUUGCAAUGUCCGGCGAGGCUUCUUAUUCUGGGUUUAAUCUUGAAGGCAUUGAUGAUGUUCAAGAUUUUCCAUGGGCGAAUUCAGGAGAGACGCCAUCUAUAUCGCGGGACAGGUACAAUCAUCUAUGUGAGACUGUGGAGAUGGGUAAUCAAGCAUAUCGCGAGAACAGAUGGGACGAGGCUAUCAAUCGUUACACAAGAGCUAGCAACAUUACGCCGGAUGAUCCUUUUAUUCUUAGCAACAGAUGUGCUUCAUACCUCAGGUAUAGCCAGUUUCUGAAAAGUAGAUCUGCAUCAGAUUCAGAAUACAGGCCAUUGAGUGGGUUGGAUCCUACAACAUAUGCUGGGCUUGCACUAAAGGAUGCUGAGAAGGUGAUGCAUCUGCAGAACAAUUCAGUUACCUCAUAUAUUCUGAAGGCAAACUCACUCAUUUUGUUAGAAAAAUAUGAGCUCGCCCAAGAGAUAAUCCGUUCAGGACUUCAAAUGAAUCCUCUAAGCAAUCCCCUUCUAAAUUUGGAGAAAUCAAUCAAAACUACACUUGGAAGGAGAAACCACGGGAGACCACAGCGCAGUGAUGAAUUUGACUGUACCCUGUGCUUAAAGCUAUUAUAUGAACCUAUAACAACUCCCUGUGGACAUUCUUUUUGCCGUGCAUGCCUUUUCCAGUCAAUGGACCGAUAUAACAAAUGUCCAUUGUGCCGAACAGUUCUUUUCAUUAGUUCCAGAACGUGUGCAAUCAGUGUUACAUUGAAAAACAUAAUAGAAAAAACUUUUCCUGAGGAAUAUGCUGAAAGGAAGGCUGAGAAUGACAGUUUGAUAAACCCCGGUGUUGACUUGCUGCCUCUUUUCGUCAUGGACGUUAUUCUACCAUGCGAGAAGCUCGCACUCAACAUUUUUGAACCUCGUUACAGACUUAUGAUCAGGAGGAUAAUGGAAGGAAAUCGCCGAAUGGGAAUGGCUGUUCAUGAUUCUACGACAGGUUCGGUAGCUGAUUAUGCUUGUGAAGUGGAGAUUAUAGAAUGUGAGCCACUUCCAGAUGGGCGUUUCUUUCUGGAGGUUGAAAGUCGACGUAGAUGCCGCAUCGUACGACAUUGGGAUCAAGAUGGGUAUCGUGUUGCUGAGGUUGAAUGGAUACAUGAUAUAUGCCUAGCCGAAGGAACAAGAGAGAGGCAUGAAUUACUGGAGACGGCAAAUAAGGCGGCGGCAUUUGCUCAACAAUGGUUGAGGAACGCACAACAAGUAGCAGGAGAUCGUAGACGUGCAGAACUCUUCAAAGCUGAAGGAUUGAUGCCAUCACCACAGGAUCCUGAGCGCUUAAGUUUUUGGCUUAACACUCUGACCAGUCGUAGACCAACAGAGAAAUUAGACCUGCUUCAGAUAAGAGAUACACCUGAGAGGAUAAGGAGAGGUCUGCUAUACAUGAAACAAGAAGAACAAGGUUGCCGGCUUGCAACGGUUACUGCUCCAUAUCCUACUGUCCUUGUACGGGCUUUAAGAUUUUCGACAUAUUCUAACAUCUAUCAUUUUUUUCUCUCAUACAACAAAAAGAUGAGAGGAAGAAAACACCCUCUUGUCAUUUUUGCUUAUCUUGUACUAGUUUUUGCAAAUGUAGCUACUUCAGCUUCAAAAGGAACGUUUACGCCGACCGAUAACUAUCUGAUCAAUUGUGGAUCUCCUGAUACUACUUUGCUUGAUGAUGGAAGGACUUUUAAGUCUGAUCCUCAAUCUGCUUCUUACUUGUCUACUGAUGAGACUAUUUUAGCUUCUGUUAAGUCUUUAUCAGAAAAGGUCACUUCUUUUUCCUCUGCCUCUUUGUUAUAUCAUACAGCAAGAAUAUUUGAAAGUGAGUCUAUGUAUAGGUUUCUUGUUUUCAAACCAGGCAGACAUUGGGUGCGUUUGUACUUUUAUCCUAUUCAACAUCCAAAUUAUAAUCUAGCAAGUGCUAUGUUUACUGUUACUUCUGAUAAUAUUGUUUUACUUCAUGAUUUCUCAGUGAAAGAUACUAGUAAAGUUGUGUUCAAAGAAUACCUUAUUAAUAUUACUUCAUCUCAAUUCACUCUCAAAUUUUCACCUUUGAAGAGAUCUUUUGCUUUUAUCAAUGCCAUUGAGUUUGUGUCAGCACCAGAUGAUCUCAUUCCUGAUUCAGCUGCUGCAGUUUCCCCUGUUGGUGAUUUUAAUGGCCUGUCUCAAUUCGCGUUUGAAGUAAGUUAUCGGUUAAAUGUUGGAGGGCCAAUUGUCACACCAAAAAAUGAUACAUUGUGGAGGACAUGGUUGCCUGAUAAUAAGUACAUGGCAUUUCCUGAAGGGGCUCAGAAUGUGUCGGUUCCUCUAACGACAAUCGUUUAUCCAGAUGGAGGGGCGACACCUUUGAUUGCCCCGAGUUCAGUUUAUGCUACGGCUGAUAUGAUGGCAGAUUCUGGGGUGCCCAACUCGAAUUUCAAGCUAACGUGGGAGAUGGACGUUGAUUCGAGCUUUUCCUACUUUAUCAGAAUGCAUUUCUGUGAUAUUGUGAGCAAAGGCCUAAAUGAGUUGUACUUCAAUGUCUAUGUUAAUGAGGUGGUAGGGGUCUCUAGUCUUGACCUUUCAACACUGACUUCAGAGUUGGCCACCCCUUAUUACAAAGACUUUGUGCUCAAUGCCACAGCCAUCACCAACGGUUCGAUCAUCGUGCAGGUGGGACCCGCGUCAAACGUCCAGUCUAUCCUCCCAAAUGCCAUCCUCAAUGGAUUGGAGGUCAUGAAGAUGAGCAACAUGGAGGGAAGCUUGGAUGGGCUGUUCUCAUCUGGUGGACGGCAUGGUGUAAUGCCAAGAUCACGCGGAAAGAGAAUUGCUGCAGCUUUUGGAUUGGCAGUGGGGUUUACAGCAUUAGUAUUGCUUUUGAUGGGCAUUGUUCGUUGGCGAAGGAAGCCAACAAAGGGUUGGGAGAAGCAGAAGACAUUCUCUUCAUGGCUUCCUCUCAAUGCUAGUUACUGCAGCUUCAUGUCAAGCAAGAGCAAGACUAGUUGUUCAACAAUCAUAUCCUCUGGCCUCAACUUUGGCCGCGUCUUUACUUUCAAUGAAAUCAAGAGAACAACAAAAAACUUUGAUGAAAAAGCAGUCAUUGGUGUUGGAGGCUUUGGAAAAGUGUAUCUUGGUGUAUCAGAAGAUGGAACAAAACUAGCUAUAAAGCGAGGAAAUCCAUCAUCCUCACAGGGCAUCAACGAAUUCCUAACAGAAAUUGAGUUGCUAUCCAAGCUUAGGCAUCGACAUCUUGUUUCACUCAUUGGUUAUUGUGAUGAACAAUCAGAAAUGAUUCUAGUCUAUGAAUACAUGUCUAAUGGUCCUUUGCGUGACCACAUUUAUGGUUCCACUUUGCCAACUCUAACAUGGAAACAAAGGCUCGAAAUCUGCAUAGGAGCUGCUCGAGGACUGCACUACCUUCACACUGGUUCAACUCAGGGAAUAAUACAUCGCGAUAUAAAAACUACAAACAUCCUCCUUGAUGAGGACUUUGUCGCAAAGAUGGCUGAUUUUGGCUUGUCAAAAACCGGUCCUUCACUGGAGCAAACACAUGUUAGCACAGCAGUGAAGGGUAGUUUUGGUUACCUUGAUCCUGAAUACUUCAGAAGACAACAACUCACAGAAAAAUCUGAUGUGUACUCGUUCGGGGUAGUCCUCUUUGAGGUACUAUGUGCAAGACCUGCUCUUGAUCCUGCAUUGCCAAGAGAACAAGUGAAUUUGGCAGAGUGGGCAAUGCAGCAACACAAAAAGGGCACUCUGGAGAAGAUCAUAGACCCUCAUAUUGCAGGAACCAUUACCCCUGAGGCGUUAAGGAAAUACGUGGAAGCUGCAGAGAAAUGCUUGGCAGAAUAUGGGGUUGAUAGGCCUGCAAUGGGAGAUGUUUUGUGGAACUUAGAAUAUGCCUUGCAGCUUGAAAGUGCAUCCCCGAGUAGUGUUCCAGUGAAGAAUGAGAAUGAGAAUGAGAAUGAAAAUUCCAAGCCAAGUUCUUCAGAACAGCCUGGAACGAAUUCGAAGAGCAAUAAAGAAGCUCAGCUCAUUGACAUUAAUGAUGAUUCUGGAGUGGUGGUUGGUUCUCCUAUGUUCUUAGAAGGUUUUCAAGGAAGAUAAUAACUGAAAUAAGUAACUAAAACCAAAGAUGAUCAGCCUUUUUGUUUUUUGAUUUUUUC